GUAAGAGGUGGAACUAAAGCAGAUACAGAAACGUAUCAGAGGGACAGGCAAGCAGAAGGGAGCGAGAAGCUUUAGAGGAAGAGCUCUGUGGUUGUUAAGAAAGCAGGAAACAGCAGAAAGUUACAAAUAAAUAAACAGGGAUAUUCUGCUGGUUACCGGAUUCCUUAGCACCAUGGCACAUCCCUUAUGAGAAGGCUGCAGAUAAGAGAUUGGAGCAUUGGGCUUAAAGGGACAGUAAACACCUUUGUGUGAGGAUUUGCUGCUUUAUUAACUAAAAGUCACAAUGGAUACAGAAACACUCACAAAACCAGUGCAAGACACUCUGAGCCAACUUCCACAUAAUGUACAAGAGACUUGUGUGGGUUUGAAUCCUUCAGAAAAAGCUAUAAGUGUGGAAAAUAUUUAUUCUUCUUUUUGGAGAGUGAUCAACCAAGAAAAACAAACAUACACCCCACUGCCAUCCAAUAUAUAUGGAUAUAACAGUUUAGUGAACUUGAGAGAUACACAGACACAAGUCACAACAUCUCCAAAUGUUCCAGAAGAGAAAAGCAAAGAUAACAAUUCCAGAACAACACCGUUCCCAACAUCACUAGAUGUUUCAGAAGAGAAAAUCAAAGAAAAUACCUUAAGAAAAAGUCAGAUUACAAUAUCAUUAUAUGUUCCAGAAAAGAAAAGUAAGGUCACAACAUCUCCAAAUGUUUCAGAAGAGGAAAUCAAAGAAAAUACCUUAAGCACAAGUCAGGUAACAUCUCCAGAUGUUCCAGAAGAGAAAAGCAAAGAUAACAACUUAAGUAUCAGUCAUAUCACAACAACAUCUCCAGAUUUUCCAGAAGAGAAAAGCAAAGAUAACAAUUCCAGAACAACAUCUCCAAAUGUUUCAGAAGAGGAAAUCAAAGAAAAUACCUUAAGAAAAAGUCAGAUAACAUCUCCAGAUUUUCCAGAAGAGAAAAGCAAAGAUAACAACUUAAGUAUCAGUCAUUUCACAACAACAUCUCCAGAUGUUCCAGAAGAGAAAAGCAAAGAUAACAACUUAAGUAUCAGUCAUAUCACAACAACAUCUCCAGAUGUUCCAGAAGAGAAAAGCAAAGAUAACAACUUAAGUAUCAGUCAUAUCACAACAACAUCUCCAGAUGUUACAGAAGAGAAAAGCAAAGAUAACAACUUAAGUAUCAGUCAUAUCACAACAUCUCCAGAUGUUACAGAAGAGAAAAGCAAAGAUAACAACUUAAGUAUCAGUCAUAUCACAACAACAUCUCCAGAUGUUACAGAAGAGAAAAGCAAAGGCAGCAACUCAAAUAGAAAGAAAAAAAAAAUAAAGAAAAAAAGAAAUAGGAAGAAAACAAAUAUUACAAAAGAGCAAUUUGAACGAUCACCGCCCUCCUCGUCUUGCUUAGCACAGUGCAAGGAUGCUGUGCAGAGAUUUGGGAUGAAAUCUUCAUUCUUGAAUUUUGCAGGAGAUGGAUAUACAUGGAUGAUUGUGAUGUUGGUGUUACUGUUUGUUCAGUUCAGCCAUGUAACAUGCACAACUGUAACUCCAAGUGAGAUUUGGAAACAGUAUCGGUUUUAUGCAGACAACAAGUACAACAAAACCGAUUUCCUUGACCACCCAUUGGUUGUUAUUUUAAAUGAUACCGAAUUCUGUAAACUUGGAGUAAUGAUUCGAGAACAAAGAAACGAAUGUAAUAACUCAGCAUGGGCCUUGCUGCAAAAUGAUACAUAUCUGCGUCUCUUUACAACUACAGCACUAGAUAUCGACAAUUUACAUUUGGAGUAUGGAGAGCCUCCAAUAGGCAUUAGAGCGUAUGCAACACUUGGAGGUAAUUUGACUAAGGAAGACAUGAUAAAGAUAGGGUUUGCUACUACUACACCAGCUGAUGUGCCGCCUACUGAACCCAUCACAAACAGGUCAUUAAAACUGAGAAUAGCUGUGAUUGGCAUUGCCGUGAUUGUCGUUUUGGUACCGGCAAUUGUUAUAAUCUGUCAAAGGAGACUAAAAAAGAACCCUAACCCAGAACUAAUCUAUAUGCGAGAUUUGGGGACCAAUUCUACUAUAACUGAAAUAUCACCGAUGGUAUCCAAUGGCAAUAGCAAUCAUGUCGUUGUAUGCGUGGAGCAUGAAUCCCAAGAAACAAAUCCUGAGUCACAGCCUACAAACCACAUUCCUACUGUAAAACAAAUCAAGAACCCUAGAAACAUUCAAGUUGACCCAGCACAAACGACCCCUCUGCUGGGUGUGGAGACCAACUCUACAGAGGAUAAUCAUAGUAAUGAAAUAUCGCAGAUGGUAUCCAAUGGGGUGGUCCAUCCUAUAGCUGCAAUAAAUAAUGAGUGCCUGACUACUAAUCCCAUUCCUACUGUAAAGAGACAUAGCACAAACACCAACAAUCAGGUUGAAGACUCAAUACAAGAUCCUCCGUACAAUAUGGAGAAAAAGCCCACAGAGAAUCGUCACAAUGCAGAAAAAACACAGAAUGGAGAUGUCAAUCAUGUAGACUCAUGCGUGGUGCAAAUGCCCAUAGUGAUACAUAUUGAGUAGGGAUGGGCGAAUGUGUAAAUUUUCGAAUUUCGAAUGUAGAAUGAAUUUUAUUACCGAAAUUCGAAUUCUAAAUCCGAAUGUCGAUAAGAACGAAUAUUCUUAAAAAUUCGAAAAUCGAAUGUUAUUUACAGUUUUCGAAUGUCACUUUCGAAUUCGAAUGUUUAUAAUUAUACCACAUUCGAAAUUUCGAAUUUAACAUUCUAUUUAACAAAUACUAUUCAGAAGUUCAAUAGUUCAUGUGGUAGGGCUGGAAUCUAGUAAAUUGAUAAAUAAUAGAUACAAAUAUAUCAUUUCGAAUGUUUCCAUAUAGAAUAUUGCAUAAUUCGAAUAUUACAUUUAAAGAAAGCAUUAGAAAUACU